GGGCGUCAAACCAAAGGUAUGCUGCAGCGAACAAGGCUUUCGCCGCUGUGGCCAGCUGUAUGGAAUCGAGCCGAUACACUGCUUCGGAUGACUUCCUGGCAUUCAUGCAAGAUCGCGGAAUCACGUGGCCGUUUCGUGCCGCAUCUUCAAGAAACGCUACUGUUUUCGACGUGUUAGACAUCAUCCUAGAUUUGGCCGUCAACUGGAGAGUGGGACUCUGGUUCGACAUUGUCGUGUCCCAUACAGCUUCGCACGAUGGCACUCCUUUAGUCGUCAUCGGGGAGCCUGGAGACCUGGUUGUCCUGCGCUUGGAGCAGCUGGCGCUAUUCGACGAUGUGACGUAUGAUAACACCGUCCAGAUGGUGGCUCUUUAUCUCACAGGCGGCAAGGUUUCUCUGGAUGACGUGACUCUAAAAGUGUUGUUGCUGGACGAAGGAGCUUUCAGAACAGUCGUACUUCCCACAGACCAAGCCGACGACAGCGGUGACGGCUUCGAUGUGCUGGUGCCACUCGGUAACAUCACGCAGGUUUUCGGAAACGUCUUGUCAGCGACUGACUGGUCGAGACUUCUGGACAAGCAUCUCAGCAGCGCCAUUCGGAACGUCUCCAAUGAUACGAAGCUGCUGAUCUUGAACAAGGAGCGAUUCAGUCGGCUCGGUCAUCUUGUCGGAUUGUUUCCGGUGGCGAGAGUGCUGGACGUCGUUGGAUGGACAUUCUCGUAUUCCUACAUCUGGAUGGUUAACGCCGACUUUGACUUCCCGGCGCCGGCAAGCACUGCUGGUAAGCUCGACACAAACGUCUUGUGCUUCGUCGCGGCGCAAGAAUCAUUCGGCAUAGCGCAGGCGGCGCCCGUUUUUCGAGACGCGUUCAGUGCCGACGAGAGGUGGAAGGUGAUGACGCUGCUGGAAAAGACGUCGGUGGCGUUCGUCGAACACGUGGUGGCGUCGGCGGCGAUACCUAAUUUUACAAAGACAGAGGCCGUGGCGAAGAUCGGCUCACUGGCGUGGAGUUACUGGCUAUGGCCACUCGAUCCUUACCUGCAGGCUGGUUCUGCGCUAGAUGUGCUCUACGCCAACUUUUCGGAGACGUCCGCAAGUGUCUUCGAGUCCUGGAUCCAGUCGAAGAAGGCUCUGAGGGCGGUUCUAGCGACUCCGCACUACGAACGCCUGAUGACGUCGAGGUACCGCUGGCAGUCGGGAAGCGUGCGAUACCUGUACACGUUGAACGAACUUCGCUUCAGCCUGUCGGCACUGUUCCCUCCGUCGUACGUACGGCAAGGGUCGAGUGCCAUGAGCUUUGCGGGGUUCGGGUUCAAGGUGGCCCGGCAAACAGCACGUUCCGUGGACAUGCGCGGUCGCACCUUGGACAGCACGGGCCUCGCGAGAUCGUGGUGGCAGCUGGAACAGCCUGAACGCCAGCAGUGUCGUUUCGACGGGGCCGAGUCGGCGACAGAGCGAAAUUUGCUGGUCGACCUGUUUGCCAUCGACCUGGCCCUGGAAGCCAUGCAAGUGACCUCGGUACGGAGCCAAAGCGACAUGCCAGUGCGACUGAAGCUGCUUGAGUGGCUGUCCGAUGAACAGACUUUCUACGUGAGCUACUGCAAACGCUACUGCGGCGAGCCACGCGGCCAGCUUGCGUGCAACCUGGCCAUGAACGGUUCCCAGUUCAACAAUGCGUUUAGGUGCCGCAGGAAGGAAAAGACGGCUUCGACAUGCGCUUUCCUUUAAAUGACUUUUCAAACAUGA